AUGUGCAGCAUGAUCAUGUGGAUUCGUGACAGAGUCCACGUGUUCCCUCUCUGUUUGCCUACAUUUUUCUUGAACUUUCAACACCUGGCCACAACAGGAAACAUCCCCUCACCUCCUCAUAUAUAUAGAGAGGACAUACAUCCUCUGAUGCUGUCACAUUCUUCCCUCCAAGACUCUUCACCAAGCAUUGAAAAUGAUACAGGCAUCAAAGAUGAAGUUGACCAGUACAAGAAGACUAAAAAGGGUAUAUUGGCCUCGCUGCGCUACUUGAACAGUCAGGACCUCAUCUUCAACAAUGUUGAUGCUUACUUCAUAACUGCAAAUGUUGUUAAGGUUCUUGACUCCAAGUCUGCUGCCAAAGAUCUCCCAAAUAUUGCAUUGCCAGAGUUGAGUAAUGAAGAUUACUCUUUGGUUGGGGACAUUGUUUCCAUGAGUAUCAGCUAG